AUGGAUCGCAGUAUGCACGACCAAACAGCUGAAUGCUGGAGGCGGUUGGCUUCUGGCAGAGAGGCCCGUGCCAGGUCCAAUAAGUGUCGCACAGAGCCCCACGUCUCCAGGGACAGCACAACAAACAGACCUCUGUGUGCGCAGCAGGACAGGGACCAACGAGGGAGGGAACGUCGCAUGGACAGAACCACACUCCAACGAGAGGCUGGGAAAGACGGCGGCGUGUGGCAGGAGAUUUCCACUGCGGCCUCGAGAGGCCCUGCCCUGGCCCCACCUCGUGUUCCAGGCCCUGCUGCUGCUCCUGCUCCUCCAGCAUUGUGGACCCCUGGCCAGGUGUCCCAUCCGCCUGCAGAGCUUCCUGUGCACUGGAACGAGCAACUUCCAUCUUUCCAGCAGGACUGGAUCAGGAAGACUCUGUUCAGGGCCAACACAAGAACAGGGAAGCCUGAGCUGACGCCACAUCCCAACUUCUGGUGGUACCCUCCCCAGCCCCCGACCGUCUUCACCCAGCCCCCUGCCUCUCCUGAUAUCUUCUUCUGCCGCCCCCUGUUCCUCUGGAUGCCGCUGAAGAUGUGGUCCAUUCCACUUGUCUGUGUCCAGCCAGCCUGCAGUAACCACAAGCUGACAGCUGCUGGUAUUUACCGCACUGUGCGCAAGGUCCUGGACAUAGACGGGUGGUAUGACAUGGCCACAGAGUAUCUGGAGUGCAAAGGGUGCAAGAAGAAGUAUCCAGCCUGGUCUGAAGACAUCCUGGGACAGCUCGACAUGGGACACCGCAGAACAUUCCCCGCCAUCCUGACAUACAGGUACUCGUGUGACUACCGUGUAGUCAUUAUGAUGCGGGAGAGAACCCGGGGCAACAGCGUCACGCAGCUUCACAAAAAGUUGCAGGAGCAGCACACCUCAGCGUGGUCACGGAGGACGCUGGAGUACCUCACUGUCUGUGAGCCCUUCACAGACUCCUCCAUCACUGAGCCUCCAGUCUUCUCUGCACCCCCGCCCCUCCCACCCAUCCCCAAACCCAAGUGGCUGUUGUCUGUGUAUGCCAGGGACGUCCUCUCACGGCUACCGGAGGUCAAGGCCAAAAUAACUUCGGUCUUUGGGUCUGUCCUCAAGAUGGUCUCCACCAAAAAAGGUCACUAA